AUGGCGGACUGGAUGUCAAAAUUACCAGUUGCAGCCCGCGAAAGGCCACUGAUGAACUUAGCAAUUCCCGGAUCACAUCACAGCGGCACUUGCGAAUUAAAUGAGGAGAGCGAAAUUACAAUGGACCAACCGUGGUGUGUCCGAGCUCUGACCUCUAACGAUACUGUACGGAAAGCUGUUUACAACUGGUCCAAAGAUCAAUCGCUGAAUAUUUUACAGCAGUUAGAAGCAGGGAUUCGAUAUCUAGAUGUAACUGUGGUAGCAGCAGUCGACAACAUUUUUGUUGCUCACGGGUUGUACUGCAUGCCCAUUCGAGAGCUGCUCAGAAAAGUAGACGAAUUCACCACAGCACAUCCAAAGGAAGUUGUUUUGAUAGACAUCAACCGAUUUUACCAAUUUAACGAAUUCCAACAUGCUAAACUACUAGAACUGCUAGAUGCAGUCUUCGGGAAAAAAUUAAUCUCACGGCCUAGUUCUGCCCAGAACAUCCUCAGCUACACUUUAAACAAGAUUUGGGAAGAUGGAGGACAGGUUAUCGUGUUUUACCGGCCAAAUAAACUUGUUCUACCCAGAAAGGAUAAAGACAACGACGCUACGAUUUCAGAGCCUCCACAAAUACCAAAGUAUAUUUGGUCAAAUGAAUUUAUAAGGAACCCAUGGCCUCGUACUGAAGAACCAGAAAAGAUGAUAGAAGAAGUACAAGAAAUAUUUAAAAAGCGAAAUUUAGACGACGGAUUUCAAGUUUGCCAAGCCAUAGUAACCCUUACGUUGAACGCCGUGAUUCGGCAACCUUUAGGAACCUUUGAGACUCGCUACGCGCGAAGAACUACACGGGCUUUAGUUCGCUGGCUUAGGAAGCAUGGUUACGAAUACCGCUCGAAUAUCAACAUCAUUAGUACGGAUUUUGUGGAUGAGGAACAGUUUUGCGAGACAGUGAUUGAUCUCAACAAUUAG